UCUUUAUAUAUAUUACUGGACAACACUCUAUUUCUGGUUUUGUACUUGGUUUUGCAGUCAUAACUUUAAAUAAGAGAAACCAGGACAGUUGUUUUAAAUAAGUCAGUAGUGGUUUAGAUAUAAAAAGUUGUGAAUUUUAUAGUUUUAUUGGUUUCACAGCCAUUGUCUUAAAUUAAAUAUGAGAAACAAUCGGUGGUUUGUUGGGUUAGAUAUUUAUUUUAAAUAAGUUAGUAGUGGUUUAGAUAUAAGAAUUUGUGAAUUUUAUGGUUGGACUAGUUUUACAACCAUAGUUUUAAAUAUGAGAAACCAUGGGUGGUUUGCUGUGUUAGACAGUUAUUUUAAAUAAAUCAAUAGUAGUUUAGAUGUAAGAAUCUAUGGAUUUUAUGGUUGUAGUUUCAUAUCUGGCUUUGCAUUCGUAAUUUUAAACAUGAAAAGUCAUGGGUGAUUUGUUUUGUUUGGCAAUUGCUUUGGCAAAAUCAGUAGUGAUUCAGAUAUAAUAAUUUGUGGAUUUUAUGAUUUUAGUUUUGUACAUGAUUUUGCAGCCAUAGUUCAGAACAUGAAAAAUCAUGGGUGAUUUGUCUUGUUUGGAAAUUAUUUUAAUAAAGUUAAUACUUAUUUAAAUAUAGGAAUUUGUGAAUUUUAUGAUUGUAGUUUUUUUUUUAAUCUAAUUUUACAGCCGUAGUUUCAAAAACAUGACAAAUCAUGCCUAAUUUGCUACAAUUGUUUUAACAAAGUCAAUAGUAAUUUAGAUAUAGGAAUAUUUGGAUAAAUUUAAACAUUCUCUGACACUUUAUUUAUUUAGCCAUGUAUGGAACUUUUUCAGGUUUUGUAGUAGUUUUAUAUUUGGUUUUGUUGUCCCAGUUUUGAGCAUAAAAAGUUAUGACAUUUUGUGUUGGUUCAACCAAGACGCGGUCUCACUUGAAAAAUAGAACUGGAAAGUCAUCAUAAACAAUAUUUCAAAUAAAUUCUAUAUACAACUGAACCAGAUAAUAAAAGUAUAAAAAAUCAUAUAAUCUUCUUCAAGAUAACCAUUAUAAAAGUGUAUCAAAUGACAUCAUUAUAUAUAUAUAUAUAUAUUGAAACAGUUGAGUUAGUUUCAAAAACCAGUUUCGUUGAAUCCUUGGGGAAGAAAAAAUUUUAAACACAAGUUUCGUCCGAUGGAAUCGAGGACUUGGUCAAAGAUUUCACUUCAAUGGUGGAGACAUUCAGAAAUCAGAAUACGUCACUGUCAAGUAAACAUAAGCAAAGCUCAUUCAGAAGUGGGAACGCUUGGCAGAAAAUAACACCCUCGUAGCUGCAUCUAACUUUGCUUACAUGUCAUUCUCAUAUUGAGUUUUUCAGAAACGAAGAUCAUGAGGAAAUUUCGUUCAAACGCGUUAUGGGACACAUUAUGGGCAAAGUCAACUAUUUGCUUGUUGACGAUUCUAAUCUCCCCCCUUCCUCGCGCUUUCAUAUUUCAUAGGUCAUACAACUCUUUUUCUAUGGGCUUGCUCUUUUCGAUCAUUAUUUCUCUUCACUCUGAAAUCUAUUCGAGUUUUGACAACAGAGAUGAGUUUUGUGUUUUCUCCACCGUCUUUUCAUAGUUCAUACGAUGGUUUUCAGACACAAGCCCAAACUUCGUUCGAUAAAUUCGAUGACAACUUUAAUUCUACGAUGAAAUGGGCAGUGGCUGGGUCUAUUGUUUAUCUGUUGGUGGUGAUAAUGGCCAUUAUAGCAGUAGUAUACGCCAUUGUUCAGUGCUUGAAGAAAGCAGGAUCAGUGAUUCCAGCUUACACCCAGAUUCCAAAUACAGAUAAUGACCAUAAAGCUUCAAAUUCACCUCCUUCAAACAACAAAGAAAUUGCAUUAGCAAUGCCACCAGAUUCACAAGUGGAGUUUGCAACUAUGGAAAGAUUCCUCGACAACAUCAACCAAGAGAAACCCAUCAGAUUCUCACCUGAGGAACUUGAAGAAAUCACAAAGAACUACACCACUGUUUUGGGGUCAGGUGCUUUUGGGGUGGUUUAUGAAGGUGAAUUGUCAAAUGGACAGCAAGUUGCGGUGAAAGUUCUCAACAGUUUGGAUCUUGGUACAGAAGAGCAAUUCAGGGCAGAAGUUAGCACCAUAGGAAGAACUUACCAUAUCAAUUUAGUUACGCUCUAUGGCUUUUGCUUCCACCGUGAAAAGAGAGCUCUUGUAUAUGAGUAUGUGCAAAAUGGGUCUCUCAACAAUUUAUUAUUUGGCAGUCUGAACAGAGAAGUUGAGUUUGGGAAGCUUCAUGAGAUUGCCAUUGGAACCGCAAAAGGAAUUGCUUACUUACAUGAAGAGUGUCAACAUAGGAUCAUUCAUUAUGAUAUUAAACCAGAGAACAUACUUCUUGGCUUGAACUUGGAACCAAAAGUAGCCGAUUUUGGUCUUGCAAAACUUUGCAGCAGAGAAAGCAGCCAUGUCAAUAUGACACACUUCAGAGGAACAAGAGGAUAUGCUGCACCAGAAUUGUGGAAGUGUUCUCCUGUGAAUUACAAGUGUGAUGUUUAUAGUUUUGGUAUUAUUCUCUUUGAGAUUGUGGGGAGGAGAAGGCAUUUUGAUAGUGGCUGCAGUGAAUCACAGCAAUGGCUUCCGAAAUGGACAUGGGAUAUGUUUGAGAACAAUGAAUUACCAGUGAUGCUUUCACUGUGUGGAAUUGAAGAGAGAGACCGGGAAAAAGCAAAGAGAAUGUUAAUGGUGGCCCUUUGGUGUGUUCAAUAUUUGCCUACUGAUAGACCUCUUAUGAGUAACGUGGUAAAGAUGUUAGAGGGUGACAUAGAAGUCCGUCCACCACCAUUUCCCUUUCAGAAUUUGGUGUCUUGUUUGCCACCACUGACUUCGCAGCAGGGAACCAAUGAAGGCUUAGAUGCUUCUACUUCAUGGGUGACAGAAUCUUCUGAAACAAUCUAA